AUGACAAUCAGCCAAAAGUGGAAAUACUUCGAGAUGCUCGUUCGUAUGGGCUUCAAGGAAAUUGACAUUUCCUUCCCCAGCGCCUCAGACACAGAGUUUGACUUCACGCGGAAAAUCGUCGAGACACCAGAAAUGGUACCGGACGACGUGUGGCUUCAAGUACUCUCCCCCUGCAGGAAGGAGCACAUCCGCCGGACGGUUGAUAGCGUAAGUGGGGCCAAGAACGCUAUCCUCAGCCUAUACAUCGCUGCCAGUGACAACUUUCUCGAGACCAUCUUCGGGCUUUCACAGCAACAAGUGCUGGAACAGGCUGUUGAAAGCGUUGCCUACGCCCGCUCCAUCACCAAGGACGACCCGCGGCAGAAGAACACCAGGUGGAACCUCAUGUUCAGCCCCGAAGCCUUUUCAGACACAGAUCCAGAGUAUAGCGUGCGGCUAUGCGAAGCCGUGAAAGAGGCCUGGGGCCCGACAGUAGAGGACCCUAUGAUUCUGAACCUUCCAGCAACUGUCGAGAUGGCCAGCCCCAACGUCUUCGCAGACCAGGUAGAGAUCUUCUGCAGGUCGAUUACCGAUAAGGACAAAGUUAUUGUCUCUUUACACCCCCACAACGACCGCGGCUGUGCGGUAGCAGCUUCAGAGCUCGGCAUCAUGGCCGGCGCCCGCCGAGUCGAAGGCUGCCUCUUCGGCAACGGCGAGCGGACAGGAAACGUCGACCUCGUGACACUAGCGCUCAACCUAUACACACAGGGCAUCGAUCCUGGAAUCGACCUCUCCAACUUGAAAUCGAUCAAGGCAGUCUUCGAGGAGUGCACGCAGAUGAAGAUUCCCGCGCGCAUGCCCUACAGCGGUGACGCCGUCUUCAUCGCGUACAGCGGCUCACACCAGGACGCCAUCAACAAAGCCUUCAACAGGAUGAAGAAGAGCCAGCAGCCGCGCUGGAAGGUGCCGUACCUGGCCAUCGACCCGAAGGACAUCGGCGCCACCUACGAAUCCGUCAUCCGCGUCAACUCGCAGAGCGGCAAGGGCGGCGUGGCGUGGACGUUGAGCCGGCACCUCCAGAUCGACAUCGACCUCCCCAAGGGCUUGCAGCUGGCUUUCUCGAAGACGGUCAAGUCGCUAUCGGAGAGUCUAGCGCGCACGCUCAGCCCGUCGGAGAUCUCAGACCUUUUUCUGCAGACGUAUCAUGUGCUCUCCAAGGAUCCGAGGAUCUGUAGUGCUGGUGCUUUGAGUACGUCAGCAGCUGGGAAGAAGGUGGAUGCGACGGUUUUUAUUAGCGGCGAGAUACAUCGACUUUCGGGCAGUGGGAGAGACGUGCUUGAAGCCGCUGAAAACGCAAUUGCCAAUGGCAUUGAGGGUGGUGGUAUGCGUUUCGAAUUGCACCAUCGCACUCUUGUCGCCGGCAAUGGCGCUAUUCGUGGUGUUGCGAUUGUUGAGGCUGUUGAUGCAACUGGAAAGAGCUCGUGGGGUGCCAACAUGUCGGACAAUCUUGAUGAGAGGGACUGGUGA